AUGCUCACUCGACGGCUCUUCACGAGCUCCUCCACCCCCUCCACCAUCCUCCGCACCUUCACCACCUCGACCGCCCACCAACGCUCUCCCGCCCUCGGCGACAUCACACCCAACGGCGUCGCAAAGUUCGACGCCCGCCAAACAGCAUUCCGAGAAGAAGUGCGAGAGGCCCAAAAGGCACAAGAAAAGCAAGAUAGUCAGUCGUCUGUUACAGCUCCCACUGCCCCAACAGCCCCCUACAAUGCCAUCCCAGGCGCUGCUCCCUCCACUUCACCAGCAAGCGAUGCGGGUUCCGCCUCCUUGCAUGGCCAUGUUGCAUUGGGCUCACUGUCAACGCAUGAUGCAGGGGCCAGUCGUGAUACGUCACAACAACCGGAAAGCUCGAAACAUAAAGGCGCGUUAAGCAGCUUGAUCUAUGGCACGCAUGAAGGACAACAGAUGGACCACGAGAUCGAGAAGAGCUUUAGUCAAGUGCUGGCAAGAGGGAAGUAUGUGCAUAGUAUCGUGAUGCACUCUGUCAAACCGGACAAGGUGGAUGAAUACGUGGAUCUAGUAGGGGAUUGGUAUCCGAAGGUCGCCAGUACACCGGAGCACCACGUACAUUUGGUCGGGAGCUGGAGGACUGAAGUGGGUGACUGUGAUACUUUCGUCCAUAUAUGGGAAUAUCAACGCUAUCAAGGCUACCACUCUUCGCUCCACUCCAUCCAACACCACCCCGACUUCCCGGCCUUCGACAACAAACUCAAGUCUUUAAUAACCCACAAAGAAACCUCGCUCAUGCAAGAGUUUUCCUUCUGGCCCACUACACCCCCUCGUCAGCUCGGCGGACUUUUCGAAUUACGCUCUUACACUUUGCACCCUGGCAACCUCCUCGAAUGGGAAACUCAUUGGCGACGGGGCUUGAAGGCAAGGAGAGAGGUUAUGGAGGGGGUGGGAGCAUGGUUUGUGCAGAUUGGAGACUUGAACACUGUGCAUCAUCUGUGGCAAUUUGCGGAUCUGGAGGAGAGGAAGGCAAGGAGGGAGAUGAGCUGGGGAGUGGAAGGCUGGGGUGACACGGUGCACAAGACCGUGCCCCUGAUUCAGAAGAUGAAGUCGAGGAUCCUGAUUCCAAUGCCAUGGAGUCCUGUUGCUUGA